AUGGCGUGUGGGUGUGUCCCGCCGAGCUCAGCCAUGGCUUCCCGCCAACUUCAUCGAAGAGAGAGGUGUUUCCCUUUGUCUGAGCUCAAACCUGUUCAGUGUAAGGAUUUGGGUGGGAAAUUGGGAGAUACCGAUUAUAAAGGCAUUGGCAUUUUACCGUGUGUUGAUCCAACAGUAAAAAACACUGGUGUGGGCAAUGGGUAUGAAUGUGCCGGAAACUGGACAGUGAUCGAUUUUUCUUUUUUCAACAUUCUCGAAUCUCAAGUCCUUUGGUUAUGGAUCCUACCUGAGGAGAUAUUGAUUACACAACAAGAAAUCUCAGUGAUAGUAUUAAUAAGGCUUGUAACUUCUUGCUAUUCAGGUGCCGCCAGAAUCUUGUGCAUUGUUAUCAUGGAAGCCCAAUGCACUAGUCGAGAUAAGAAUACUAAUAAUGGAAUAACUCUGGAGCUUUUUAUCCCUACCUCGCAAGAGUCGACGUUCUCCAGCACAAUAGCUACGGCUAAACUGCUUCCGUCCACCAGCUUCACUUUUAGCUUAGGGUGCCCUCUCAAGAAAAGCUCACCGUUCUCUAAAAGUGCGACCGUAAAUCCAAGUGAUCAUCAUCGACCAAAUAGUUACAGGCCACAUCAGCCACAAGUACCACUUGGAUUUGUGAGGCUGAGAAGCCAAGUACGCAAAUCCGAGACGAAGAUGUUAACCUUAAAAAAGUAG